UAUGGCUUCCUUCUAUUCAUAUCCUGAAUUUUUUUUGGCGGGUUUUAUAUUUACCUUGCCUUUUUUGUAUGAAAAAAGCAAUGCUUUUCGAUAUUACUUAAAGUUUUUUCUUUAUUAUGCCUAUGUUUUAAUUACUUGUACGGUUCUGUUACCAGUGGUGCUUCUUUAUCCGCGCGAUGUAACAAAUCUGGUAGUUGCUUCAAGAUUUUGCCGAUAUGCCUCUCAUAUUGUAGGCAUAGAAUGGGAAUUGCGUGGACUUGAAAAUUGGAAUAAUGAGGAGUGCUACAUUGUUAUUUCCAACCACCAAAGUUCACUUGACAUAUUGGGCAUGUUUGAGAUGUGGCCAAGAAUGAAGCGUUGCACUGUUGUAGCUAAAAGACCUCUGAUGUUUGCUGGUGCUUUUGGAUUUGGUGCUUGGUGUUCUGGUCUUGUAUUUAUAGAUCGUUUAAAAACAGAGAAGGCGCGACAAUUAAUGAAGGAAGCCACUGAAAGAGUUAUAUCUGAGAAGACCAAAUUGUGGGUGUUCCCUGAAGGGGCACGAUAUAAUAAGGGUUCAAUUCAACCAUUUAAAAAAGGAGCAUUCUAUUUAGCUAUAGAUGCGCAAAUCCCAAUUAUGCCUGUUGUAUUUAGUCAGUACUAUUUUCUUGAUAAUGACACAAAUACUUUUGAACCAGGCAAAGUGGUUAUAACUACUCUUCCACCAAUUCCCACUAAGGGCAUGACGCGCAAUGAUUUGGAAACUCUCUCUGAUAUGGCACGACAGCAAAUGACAGAAGUAUUCAAUGAAUCCUCCAAAGAUCUUGUCAGGCAGAGUAAAAUUGCUAUAUAAUUUCUGACAUUUUUACAUGUGUUAAUUUGUUUGCUAGUGAUAUUGUUUUAAGUUAAUUUCAAUCAAUCUUUUCUAGUCACACUUUAGUGUUUAAAAUAUUUUUAGAUAAUAAUAUGUUGAUAUAAUUUGUUGUCAUAUACAUUUGGCUUAGCCAUAUAUUAUUUGUAAUGUAAUUUGGCUGUGUUAACCAUACCUUAUGUAUGGUUAAUAAUUGUGUGUUGGUUGUGAGACUGGACACUUGAUUUUAAGUUUAAGAAGAAAAUUAUACACAUUUUUCAAUUGUUAUAUAUUAAUAUAACAUAAAGAAGUUCAGCAAUUUUAAUAUGUACAAUAUAACAUCACAUAAGAUAAUAAAUACCUAAUUCAACCUUGAAUAUUAUGUUGAAAUCUCAUAAUUCCAGAUACAUUUAAAAUAUAUUAUCCCUGUUUUUAUUUUAAGCAAUAAAUAAUUAUACUAUGUU